GGCGGCUUACAGUGUUAGCACAUGGUUGAUUUUGGAAUAAUGAAUAGUUUAAUAUAUGACAGAUAGUCGAUACAUUUUUUAAUAUUUUACAUAUAGUUUUUGGUAUCUAUUAACAGAAUUUUUAAAUAUACAAGUUUCUACGUGUUGGAUUUUCUGUAAGAAUAAGAUUAAAAAUGGCUACGUCUCUCGCGGCACAAUUAAAGAAACUUAGAGCACCACAGACUAAUGUACUGCUGCAAGAAAAGAAACAUCCUAGCCUGCUAUUUGAUCCGAGAGAAGCUGCUAAUGUAGAUAGAGAAACAGUUUUAAGCAUUGGUCAAAAUGGGUUGUUGGAACUGGCUAAGCUAUCUGAUGUAUUUUUAGAAUUUGAAAGGACACUCUUUGCACAAAGCUCACUGAGUCUUGAACGGUCUGUUCAAGAUGUUAAAGUUAAUAAGAAGCUGGAUGGAGAGAUAGAAAGGUUUCUUAUUCUCCUAUCCCCUUAUUUUCUACUCAAUAAUGCUCACAAAGCACUUGAAUGGUUGAUACAUAGAUUUCGUAUACACGAAUACAAUAGAGAUCAGUUUUUAUUACUAAUAUUACCCUAUCACGAAACUCGAAUGUUUGUAAGAGCAUUACAGUUAUUAAACCUAUCAGAUGAAGCCGAUAAAUGGCAUUGGUUGGCACCUCUUCAAAAGCCUGGUGUUCCUCUAGCAACCAUAACACUCAUCAAUCGCCUGAGCUCUGAUAAUGGUCUAUUAAAGCUUAUUUGCAGUCAUGUUGUCACUGCUACAAGAGUAUAUUCAUACAGAGCAACAUGUCUGAGCACUUUAUACGCAUUUUAUACUACUUCUAUUUUAGGAACUAUUAAUCAGUCACCUACAAUGUCCGAAGUUCAGGUAAAUCAUAUAUUACCAACCAUUUUGAAAGGCUUAGAAAGUUCUAUAGCUGAUUUUGUAGCUAGUACUUAUAUGAUCUUAGCGAUUUUGAUGAACAAAGUGAUGAUGAACAAUGAGACUACAGAGAAAUUGCUCCUGAAAAUGUUUAAGAAAACCUACUUGAAAGAAGAAGCAUUGAUUUUACUAUUUUUCCUGUACAAUGUGCCAGUUUAUCGACUCGCCACAGUUUCAAAGAGCCUCGCGAUUCGAUUGUCAGAACUUCCUUGGUUUAUUCAGGUAACGACGAAGCUUCAGUCGUCUAGUACAAAUAUAUUAAAGUUUAUUGUACCUCUGCUGCAAACUAGUUGCCGCGUGAUCUUGGAAAACCCGUCAAAAACAUCGAAAGUUCAAAAUAUGGUAAGUGAGAUCCUGACAAAAAUAAAAUUGGAUAAUAACGGGGUGGAUAGUAUUUUAUGGAAUGUAUUGGAGAAAGAAUUUCUGAUGGACAACAUGUCGAGCAUAGCCAAGGAUUUUUUAAUGCGUUUAUAUCAGUGUUUUGAAAAAGUGUAUCCCGAAAGAUUCGAUGAUUAUUUGAAGCAGCUUAUGAAACGUAGUGACGGGGAUAAAAAUUCGAAGCUGGCAUUGCAAUUCUUUACGUCGUGGCAUUUCGGAGCCGGUGAUAUUCAAGACUCUGUGGGCAUUCUGGACAGAUUAAUUCACAUCAGUUCGGAACGGAGGAUUAUGGCAUUGGAAACCCUAGCAAAAAACAACGUAAAUAUUCCGGAAAGUUUCCAAGAAAUGAUGACGAACGCAUUACAAGCUAGGUUUAGCGACAGUGAUGUAAAUGUGAUCAAAGCUUUACUGUCUAUGCCUACAGAACGGUUAACGAGUCUACUUCCUAUAGACAUUUUGAUCGAAGAGCUGAAAGUGUUGCUUUCAACUUGUCAUACUAACAGCAGGAAAGUAUUGGCAAAGCCUGCCCUUAAGAUCCUUUUGGAUCUCUGUGACGUCGGAGACGACACCAGCGUGUUUAUCACAGCUCUACCAUAUUUAUUCCCGAGCGAUGACGCGGCCGUAUCUAUUGCUAUGGAGGUAUUAAAGUCAAAUUUUGCCAAGAAAAACGCGUACAUGAAGUACGUAGAAAAGGACUUGGGCAGAUCACCUAAUGCGGAGGCAGUAACAUCUGCAGCUUUCCACAACAUACUAAUUUCGAGAGUAUUGCCACCGACUGAUAGUAUACUGAGUGCCAUGAAGCAACAAAUUGCUCAUGGGGAUGCAGGAUCGAUGUUCUUUAGAUUGAUUCUUUUGGGAUCUGUGUGUAGGGUACCUGUCGGGUCAUUGCAACCUGAAAUAGCAAGGGAAGUCAUUGAAAUGGCUACAGCGAUGAUAAAGAAGUUCCCGAAAGUGAAACUGUUACAGAAUUGUAAUAACAUAACAGGACACAAUAUACUGUUGGCUAUUGAGCUGACAUCACAAGGAGUGUUACCGCUCCAAGUGGCCACUUACGUUCUGGAAAUGGUUCACAGACGUUUAGACCUGAAAUUGAAUAAUAUAUUUGAUUUUGAAAACAAACCACAUCGAAGUAAUUUGAUUCUAAGACUCCUUGAAAUGUUCUUCGAGGGAAUAGACAAUAAACACUGGUCCAAGCAUUACUCGCGAUGCUUGCAAAUAUUCUUUCAAAGACACUUCGCAACGGUGAAAGAUCUUAUUCGAUUUUUGUCUCAGUUGUAUAUAAAGCCAGUCAAAGUUCAAACAUCGUAUCACUGCCUGAAAAUAACUCUGGUGCUUCUGGAUCAGUGUAAAUCCAUGCGGUGGGCGUUCCAAGAUGAAAUUUUUAUAACGCACUUGUUGCUCGCACUUUCUCGAGAGAACAAUGUGUGCCGAAUAGCUGCGAUAGACGUUCUCAAGAAGCUUAUGCAAACCUUCAACUUGAUAACGGAACCAUUCUCGGCGUUGCUGCAAGAAUUAGUGAAGCGGAGUCCCGAGAUAUCCUUAGAUCCCGAUCAGUUGUCCUUGUCUUUGUAUGUUUUACUUUCACCAGAUCCAGAUGUGAGCACACAAUUGAAGUCUGAUUUGCGAAAGAAGCUCCAAGAGGCGCAACAGUUACUAUUCCAGCAGAUCAUGUAUCCUGCUGCGCCUAUUCACAUGAAAUCGCAAUUGUUGGACAUUCUGGUCCACGUGAAUGGGCCAAAAAUACUUCAACAACUGUCUAUCUUUGGAUAUCACCUUCUACGCACCCAACUCAUCAAAUCGAACAACAAAUCAACUGGAAACGCUCUGAAGAAUAUUCUUCAGAGAUUCAACAGUGCAACAGUACCGGCUCUCACUAUACAACAAGUCUGGCAACUGUUCGAGGCCAGCAUAGUCGAGCACAAGGCUGAAAUAAUCACGGAAACAGGGGUGCAACAUCCACCAAGCAUCAUUGUCUUGAAACAGAUAGAACAGACAUUCUUCGAGAGUGCUGGCAAACUGUCCCCUGAACUUCAGACGAAAAUUCUGGCUAAACUAGUGGAUGUGGUCACUGACUGUGAUAUGAGUAAUAUAAUUUCGACCGCCAACAGAGCUAUCAGGAGGAUCAGAGUGAACGCACAGCUAAUAGCCAACGAACUACAGAAGAUGAGAAAUCUGAAAGACGAGCAGCCAAAUGAUGCCAAAGUAAAGAUCAAGAAACGAUUGAGCCAUGUACGAUCCACGCCCGAUCCAACCAUAAUUAAUAGACGUGAAUGGAAGCGUGGAGUUACACUCUUGGAAUUCGUGCAAAGAGCCGAUAACAUCGAACAAGAAGAACUGCUUUAUCCGAUCUUGUUUGAUUUACUGAAAACGUGUCUCAGCUUCGAGGAACAGAGUCCGAUAGAGUACACUAACCAACUGUUGUUGUCUACGAUUCAUAGGCUAACCGUGAAGAAGUUGCCAAUUCGGGACGCUCAUCUUCAGGUCGACUUGAUCACCCAAUGUAUCAGGACAUCGCGUAAUCCUCAGACGCACCAUCAUGCUUUGCUGGUCUUAGUGGAGUUGCUGAAGGUUGUCGACGUUCGCUGCGCCCUCUACACCAUCAUGCCCAUAUUUACAUUCAUGGGCAGUUCUGUGGUGCGCCAGGAUGAUGCUUAUUCGAUACAGAUCAUCUCCAAGACCAUCGAGACAGUGGUCCCCAUCAUAAACGCAGCCGAGAACGAGACUCAUGCUUGUGAGGUCUUGAGGACAUUCAUCGUUUCCCUGCCCGACAUUCCUGAGCACAGACGAACACCUCUGUUCGUGAAGCUGUUGCAGCUACUGGACAAUCAUUUGCAUUUGUACUAUCUGUUGACGUUCGAAAGUCACGUUGUGUCUAGAACAAUGCGUAUCACCAACCAAAAGACACCCAGUCAGAGACUUGAGUUCGCUCUACAGGUGUCCCAAGAGUUCCCGCCAGCUAGGUGCGUCCAGGUCUGCGUGAAAUUGGCACAGUUCAUGAAGGAACUACCAAUUGACAUCGAAGGAGAGGAAGAUCGAAAAGCUGCCUUAUCGUUCAAGUAUAAACAUAUCUUCGACGUAGCUAACAGCAAUCCCAAACACUUGAGGCACUAUAAGUAUACUCUUGUCCAGUUUCUAAGCAAGCUGUUGUCUUCCCCAGACUUCAUCAAUCGUGUAGCAGAAUUAGAUUCCACCGAAGCGUCCCAUUGGAAAUUGGUGAACAAUCUUCUGCCGAAUGGAAUCUUCUUGAUCAGUGUGACACUUCUGAUGGAACAUGAAUUGGUAACAGUAAAGAGAAAGGCUCUGGAACUUCUGAACACACGGCUUCAACAACGCAAGUUUGGGGAGGAGGAUCAUCCUGACCUGCUGAGUUUGAUCGAGGCUCUUCUGAAUAGUGUUCAGAUUCGGGCGAGGUCCGAGACACAAGAACAGGAUAUCGUUCAACAGACUGUUCUGAUUACUCUGAAGCUACUGGCCAAGCUAUUGGCUACUGAGCAUCCUACAGUGUUCAAACCGAUCCUUGAGAUGACCACCGAACUUCUGACAGCAAGAGAAGGCCCAGUACUGGGCAGCGCAGUGCUCUGUGUUGCAGAACUUUGCAGCUCUAUGCGCAUUCACGCCAUACAAAGCUUGAACAAAUUCGUACCAGCAAUAUUGCAAUUACUGGAACAUCAUUGCCACCAAGAUGUGCCCGAUGUGAUAGUGGUUAGCAUAGUCAGCGCGUUGCAGAAGAUAGUCGAGUCCGUGGGCAACUUUUUGUCCCUGUACCUGGACCAAUUGCUGUUCGAACUUGCCAGAUUGAAUUCCUUGUACACCGACACUGAACACCCAAAGAUUGGCAUAGUGGUGUCAAGAUUAAGGGCUACAACACAAAGACUGUCUGGUUGCAUACCAUUGCGAGUAUUGUUACCAGCAGUGAACAGGACAUACGUCACGUUGCUUUCCAAAAAGUCGUAUCGGUGUAUACCAGCGCUCAUGACCGUGUUGGCGGAAUCCUUUAACAGUGUUCCGCCGGCUGACUUGAGCGCAGCCAUUCCAGAUUUAGGCACCUUCUUCCUGAAAGUCUUGCAGUUCCGUGAAGAUAUCACCAACACCGCGAACGAUAUGGAAUUAGACGAUGCAGAGUUGACCCUGAAGGAUGUGGUAGUCGUAGAGGAGAGUGCCAGUAAAGCGUUGGUUGCAUUAGUUUUGAAGCUGAGCGAGGCCACCUUCAGGCCUCUCUACUACAAACUGUACGACUGGGCUGCCAGGAAUCCACAGCAUAAGCAACGAAGCAUUAGUUUCUACAGACUCUCGGCCAACAUAGCGGAAUAUUUGAAAUCGCUCUUCGUACUAUUCGCUGGCCACUUCCUCAAACAUGCGGCAGUAUUAUUGAACAGUAACAAUCCAGCGAUCAUGGACGAGCCUCAGGAAAUGACGUUACCGGAAGAAUCUAACCAAAUCGAGUUGGUCGAGGCCAUUUUACUGACACUAUAUCGGGUCUUCAGUUACGAUGCUCAUAAUUUUGUAAAUCAAGAGAGAUUCGAGACACUGGCGCAGCCUAUUGUGGAACAGUUGGAGAACACAGUGGGUGGCAGAGAGGAGUAUGAGAAAAGGGCAAACGAAUUUGUCGUUCCUUGCAUUGCAGCCUUUGCCACCGCUAUUCCUGAUGAUUCCUUGCAUAAACAACUAGUCUACCAGACGCUGCUAAGGACUAGACAUGCUAAACCUUACGUUAGAAGUGCUGCAUUGAAUGCAUUGGUUGAGAUUGUAAGGAAGCUAGGAGAAGACUUCAUGCCAUUAUUACCAGAAACUAUACCUUUCUUAGCAGAGUUAUUGGAGGAUGAAGAUGAAGCUACAGAGAAGGGCGCGCAAAACGCAGUGCGCACGCUCGAAGAGAUCUUAGGGGAACCGUUGCAGAAGUAUUUCUAAACUGGC